AUGGGCAUUCUACGCAACAAAGAAAAGUUUUAUGAACCAAUUCGAAUUGAGGAUAUAACUGAUGAUGUAGGCGAGGAUUAUGCCAAGUUUGUUUUUGUUUAUUUUUCAUAAAACAUUUUCUAGUUAUAUUCUUGAAUCUGAUUUUUCUGAUGAUAAUGAGCAGGCUAUUUGUAAGAAUGAAGGACUGAAGAGUUUUCCUUGCAAGAAGACUCGACGCUAUCGUCCACGCAAAUGUGUUGAGAUGGUUGAUGGCCUAGCUCCAAAACGCAACAUGACUCGAUUGAUUAUGAACUAUGCGGAUUUGGAUGAUAUUUAUUUUGAUGGUUCUGAUUUGAUUGAUGAAACAAUUACUGCUUUUACUCGUCUUUUGCGUGAUGAAUCGAAGAUGAAGCUUUGGAAUGAUUUUAUUGAAAUGGACGAAAAAGGCCAAGAAAAGAUGAUUGAGAAAAUUGAAAAAGAAUUGUCUCAAACUAAGGCUUCUGAAAAGCCUUGUUCAUCGAAGAAAGCCACUCAAGGACACAAACAAAAUUCGAUUAAUUUUGCUGAAGAAUGUUUCAAACGUCUUGAUAGAAAAAUUAGAAAUUGUUUACUCAAUCGACGCUCUAUUCGAUUUGAUUAUUUGUCACAAAUCGAGACCGAUCUUCGUGCUUUCUUUGAACAUUGUUCAACUGGUGUCUUUUGUGAACAAAUUGCUUGUCGAAUAAAGCGUUUCUAUAUGCAUGCUGUUUCUCAAUUUCUUCGUUUAAAAUCCCAAACGCUCAACGAUGUUGAUUCUAAAAAUGUUGUUCAAGUGGAAAAUGAUAAAAAUGAAUUUUCACCCCCUGAAGUUUUUCUUUUGGCUAUUCUCAAACGGAAGAGGCAAAAAGGAAGGAAAGGAAGUGAUGAUUGGGUUGAAGAUGAUGAAGUUCAAUAUUCUGAUUGGACAAUAGUUCAAAAUAUGGAUUUAGCUGAAGCUAUUAGUGGCGACGAGGAAGGAGAAGAAGUUCAAAAAUCUAUUGAUCGUGAUCAUGAGGAGGAAGAGGAAGCUGAAAAGUCUAUUGGUAGUGGUGAGGAAGAACUUCAAAAAUCUGCUUGUGAAGUUGGUGAGGGUGAAUUUGCAAACACUGGUGAUGAAGAUGAUAAUGAGGAACCUAUAGAGACCAUUAGUGAAAAUCAGGAAGAUAAUGAAGGCGAAGAUCAAGAUCCUCAGAAUGAAAUGGAUGAAUUAUGUCAAAAGGAUACCGAGGAGGAAUCUCGACAGGAAGGGGAUGGUGAAGAAAAUUUGGGACAAUCUGUUGGGGAAGAAGGUGAGGAACAGCAAAAGGAAGGUGGUGGAGGGUCUCAACAGUCUAACGAGGAAAAUGAAGAGAUCCAAAAUGAAGUUAGUGGUGAGCUUUUGGGACAAACAAUUGAUGGAAAUGAGGAUGAACUUCAACAGGAGGAAAAUAGCGAGGAAACCCUUGAGCCUUCGAGACAAUCGAUUGAUGCAAAUGAGGAUGAACUUCAACAAGUUGAAACUGCUGAGGAAUCUCAAAAAUCUAUUCAUAGUGAAAAUGAAGAGGAACAACCGAAAGAAGGAGAAGAAGACGACGAACAUCAAAAGGACGAUAAUGAUAAUGAAGAAGAACACCCAAAAGUAGGAGAAGAAAACGAGGAACAUCAAAAGGACGGUGAUGAUGAAGAACCUCAAAAUGAAGGCGAAGACGAAGAAGGAUCCGUUAGUGGAGAUGAGCAAAAAGAUGGAGACGUAACUACUUUAAUGCAAAACAUUUUUGGAGAUGAUAUGAGCGAUGAUGAUGAUGAGAAGGCAAAUGAUGGGGGACAGGGGUCAAGUGGAGCAAAAGGAUUUGGAUCUGAUGAUGAACCUAAACUCUUGCGUGUUGAACAGGAUGAGGAAGAAGACGAGUUUGUUUUUAAUAAUUAUUUUACAAAAUGGUUUUUUUUCUUUAGAGACACUCAUGGACGACGAUGGGAUUUUGAUAUAAUGCUAGACAAAAAGAAGCUUGAUCGACGACGUCGCCGUCGUAGAGAUGGAUCUAUUGAUUUAAUGGCAGAUGCAGAUGAUCAAAUUAGAGAAUUAAUUGAUGCUAUGAAUGAAGCGGCAAAUGAUGAUCGUACAGCUAAUAUUGACCGUCGACCAGCUGUUAAGAAAAGGAAGAUGCUUUCUUUGGUUAAAAAUGCGUUGGUUAAAGUUGAUCUUUUUGAGGCAAUGCUUGAAAAUGGAAUGGUUAGUGCUAUAAGUGAAUGGUUAGCUCCUUUGCCUGAUAAGUCGCUUCCUGCUUUGGAAAUUAGAUGCACCUUUUUGAAAAUUCUUGAACGUUGGCCUAAUUUGGAACAGGGAAUCCUCAAACAAUCUGGUCUGGGUAAAGCAGUUAUGUACUUAUAUAAACAUCCAAAAGAAACGAAAGAAAAUAAAUUAAUUGCGGCAAAACUUAUAAGAGAAUGGUCUCGUCCAAUUUUUCAGCUGGAUAGCGAUUUUCGUUCAUUAAGUAAAGAAGAGCGUGUUCAACGGGAUUAUUCACAAAUGCCACUUGCCAAACGCAAAAGACUUUCAGUUGAUGAAGAUAAUAGUGGACAAAUAUUUUCUUCAAAAAAAUUGCAAAAAGAAAAGGAUGAUGGGCCAAAACGUCCUGGUGAUCCUGGUUUUAUUAUGCGUGCUCGUGUUCCUAAACUUUCAACUAAAGAUUAUGUUGUUCGACCACAACCACAAAUUGAAAGUCAAUUUAGAGGAGAAACGAAAAAUAAACAGGCUUCUCGUUUUGUUCGAGCUCAACGUGAAUUUCGUCAAACAAAUAAAACUGGGCUUGUUAAACGCGCUGUUGGUGUGAGUAUUUCUGGGAAGAAUCUUUAA